AUGGCCGCCCCACAAGGCCAUAGUACGUCUACAAUGUAUUCCAAUGCCUUUGGUACUUUGUACCCUCAAAAUGGCGAAGCUCUUGCUGGACAAGUAACGCAGAAUUCAACUCUAAGUAAUGGUUACUAUCCAUGUGAACAGCCGGCGUCAAAGCAAACGUUUGUUUCCUCGCAACAAUUGCAACAGCAUCAUCAGCAGUAUCAGCAUUACCCGAUACCUCCAUCAAUGGUGGCUAAUACGCAAAUGAAUUUAAAUCAACAAAACCACUCGAUUUCAUCGUGUUUUGUUCCCCAUCUCCAACGUCAAAUUUUGCCAAGUAAUAGUUGUGAGGGUCAACAUCCGUCUUCAUCGAAUAUACCUUAUACGAUGUCGAAUAAUCAAGUAUAUGGUCAAUCGUUGCUGCAACUUAUAAAUAAUCAACAAUCUUGGUCGAGUCAAAAUCCACAAGAAGUAUCACAGCAGCGAAGCUUGCCUGGUGAUUCUUUAGCCUGUCCUCAAGCGACAACCUCGCCUUUAAUGAAUAUGGAUUAUGAUGAUGGCUUCAUCGAAGUCAAUCA